AUGGGCCAUAAUUCUAAAGCCUCUAGUAACAAUUUCAAAGAUCUACUACAAAACUACAUUGAGAAAUUAGAGGAAAUAGUAGGAAAGCUCCACGAUUUACGACAGACCAUCGCUAGUCACCACAAGACAUGCAACAUAGCGAAAACAGCUGGCACAGCUGUCAGCGGAACAGGAGUUGCUAUAGUAGUAGGAUCUGUACUAUCAGCACCCUUUACUGGAGGUAGUACCUUAGCUGUAGGAGCAGGAGGUGCAGUAAUGUCUGUAACAGGGGGUAUAUCAAAUGUAAUAACUGACUAUGUUGACUAUCGUACCACCACUAUGAUUAUGGCUGACAUAGAGAAUAUUGUUAAAAGUAAGGAAACCUUUGAUGAGAAUCUUAGUAGACAACUGAAACAUUUUGGGAUGGUUAUUGAUAACUUGAUUUCAACUGGAGUUGACAAGGAUAGUGCAAUAGUAAUUGCAGUUAAAGCCAUUGCAAAUGGGUGUAUAGAUCUAACAGAGGAACCAAACAUGAAACUCAUGAAUACAUUGAGCACAAUAAUCAAACUACACCAUGUUGAAAGUGCUGCUUUAGAAACACUGCCCAUUAUAGGCAGAACUAUGCAUAUGUCAGAAAAAUCAUUUCAGUUCAUUUAUGUAUUUUUUGGAUUGACUGGGCAGACUGGUGCUGCAGUCUUCAAGACAAUUGGGAGAAUCUCUAGUGUGAUUUCUAUUGCUUUUACAAUAGUUGAUAUUGCAAUUCUGGUGAAAGAUUGGACCACUGAGCAUCCUACUGUUGAAGUAGUUUUGGAAACUGAAAGAAAAAUUGAGGAAGAGAGGAGGAUACUUGUUGAUUUGUUGGAGGUUUUGGAAAAUUCAAAGGAUGAAGUGGAAGAUGUUUGGAUGAGAAUUUUGAAGGAGAUAGAAGAUAUUGAAGAAAAGGAACUUGCCUUUGAGCAUGAUUUUGUGAUUGUAAAUAAUGACAUAGAGGUAGAAAGUUGA